AGAACACGAGAUCUGCGGCCGAAGCUUCGAGGUGUGCAUGUGAAACUUUUCUGUCGAUUCAUUGUAAAUUUUGUUGCUGGGCCAAGAAAACACAUUAUCAUGGCGUCCUUAAACCCUGUCCAGAUCUUCAGUGCUGGAGCAGAAGAGGAGAAGGCAGAGACUGCAAGACUUUCAUCCUUUGUUGGCGCCAUUGCCAUUGGGGAUUUGGUGAAAAGUACUCUGGGACCAAAAGGAAUGGACAAAAUUCUGACAGGGAGUGGUAUAACAGACACAAUUCAGGUGACAAAUGACGGGGCCACCAUUCUGAGGGCUAUAGGAGUGGACAACCCUGCUGCUAAAGUUCUUGUGGACAUAUCCAAAGUUCAGGAUGAUGAAGUUGGAGAUGGAACCACUUCUGUGGUGGUGUUAGCAAGUGAACUCUUAAAGGAAGCGGAGAAGCUUGUGAGCAUGAAGAUUCAUCCACAGACGAUCAUCUCAGGCUGGAGGAAAGCGACAGACGAAGCAAGGAAAGCUCUGACUGACGUUGCUAAGGACCAUGGGAAUGAUGAAAAGAAAUUUCGAGAAGAUUUGAUGAACAUUGCCAGAACUACCUUGAGCUCUAAAAUCUUGACCCAGUACAAGGAUCACUUUGCUAAGCUCGCUGUGGAGGCUGUGCUAAGGCUAAAGGGAAGUGGUAAUUUGGAUGCUAUCCAGAUAAUAAAGAAGUCUGGAGGUGGUUUAGAGGAUUCAUUCCUAGAUGAAGGUUUUCUGUUAGACAAAAAAAUUGGUGUGCAUCAACCAAAGAAGAUAGAAAAAGCCCAAAUUCUGAUUGCUAACACUUCUAUGGAUGCCGAUAAGAUCAAGGUAUUUGGUUCAAGGGUAAGAGUUGAUGCUGUGUCAAAAGUGGCAGAACUGGAGCUGGCAGAGAAAGAGAAAAUGAGAGACAAAGUCAACAAGAUCCUUAAACAUGGCUGUAAUGUUUUCAUUAAUAGACAGCUGAUCUACAACUAUCCAGAGCAGCUCUUCUCAGAUGCUGGGGUCAUGGCCAUAGAGCAUGCAGAUUUUGAGGGAGUUGAAAGACUGGCGCUUGUCACAGGAGGUGAAAUCGUUUCAACAUUCGAUUCUCCAGAUACUGUCAAAUUAGGUCGCUGUGACUUGAUUGAAGAAGUGAUGAUUGGGGAAGACAAACUGCUCAAAUUCUCAGGAGUGGCCCUGGGAGAGGCGUGUACCAUUGUGUUAAGAGGAGCCACGCAGCAGAUUUUGGACGAGGCUGACCGGUCAAUACACGAUGCCCUCUGUGUGCUCUCCCAGACUGUCAAGGAGACGAGGACUGUGUAUGGGGGAGGAUGCUCAGAGAUGGUUAUGGCCAAUGCUGUCAGCGCAUUAGCAGCCAGAACUCCUGGAAAAGAAGCUGUUGCCAUGGAGUCCUUUGCCAGAGCUCUUUGCAUGAUCCCCACGAUCAUUGCUGAUAAUGCUGGAUAUGACAGCGCUGAUCUGGUGGCAGAGUUGAGGGCUGCUCACACUGAUGGCAAAAAGACCAGUGGAUUGGACAUGACCAAUGGCAUAGUGACUGACGUAGAAGAGCUGGGGAUCACGGAGUCAUACCAGGUCAAGCGGCAAGUGUUGUUGAGUGCAGCGGAAGCUGCCGAGAUGAUCAUCCGUGUGGAUGACAUCGUCAAGGCCGCACCCCGACAACGAGCCCCCGACGACAGAUGUCACUGAAACAAAAACUUCGCAUUGUUUCCUAUACCCUCUAAACCACGUCACGGACAACUUUCUCUGUGAAGUUUCGUUCCAAGCCAUAUUUGUGCCAUGUUUGUUUAUAAUCUUUUCAUGUCUUCAUUUCUCUCGAUGGGAUGGAUUAAAUUAAUGUUGAUGUCUGGGAUUAAUGAGUGAUCUUGCUACAGCUGCAGGAUCCAACUCAGUCAUUUCGCAGUCGAAAUUUUCCCCAUCACAGACACUAGUGCUAUUGUAAUCUUUUGAUAUGACACAGAAAAAAAAAUAAUAAUAAAAGCAAAGAUCAGAUGUGAACGGUUUGUUGUGGGUAUCUACAUUAUGUCUGCAUAAUCAGAAUUUGUUGCUGUUCUUUUUGUCGAAAUGAGAAGUCUCUCAAACUUUAAUUGCAUCAGAAGUCUUUAUUCUAUCCAAUGCACUUAACGGUGUUAGGGCACUAAUACUGAUUUAAGAGGCGGUCGUGUAAUUAAGCUUAUUCUUUAGCACGGCGUA